AUGCGCAAGUACUACAAAAUAUACACAACACUCGCGCUGCUAUACACCGGCGCGAUAUUUUGCGAUAGCAUUGUGAUGUGGGACUCGAACAACAGCAGGUUUAACCCUACCACAAAGGCCCUGAAGCCUCUGUUCAGAAACGCCCUGGCAAACAUUGACGACAUCCACAAAGAAAGCCAUGAAAUCAGACAGCACUUGAAAAAAAAACAUAGCUGGAAGCCUAUAAAGGAGCCGAUGAGCUACUCGGAGGACCAAAGCAUUGGGUAUUUGUACAGCCUGCAUAUGAAGGCUGUGCUCGGCAUCAAAAAUAAGGCGAUAGGAUAUGAGCCCGAGCUGGGGUUUGGGAGUAAGUACAAAAUGACGCCCAUGAGCAUCUACCACUUGGAGAACAAAAAAGGCAGUCCGGUGGUGUUUGUGACAAACAGCAAAGAAGUUGCCAACUAUUUUGCGUCCCCGGAGUACAAUGCAAAGAGGCCAACCAUAGAAAGGAUCCCCGGUCUGAUGAACAACAAUAACAAAGUGCAAAUUAACGUGGGCCCAAUCAGCAGCCGAUCGUUCAAGCUUAUAGGGGUGAGCGCCCACUUCAAAAACUUCAAGUAUGACCAAAAGCCAUACAAGCUUUCCAAUUAUGAGAAAAAGUACCAGGAGUUCGCCAUUCGGUCGCUGGUAAAUAACAAGUUUAUUUCAACUGCAGGAUACAACAGGUCGGCCACGUUUAGGUCGGAAAAAGAUUGUGACCUAGACGCAACCCAGUGCUCGUUUAUUUGGAUUCCAUACAAGGAAAUGAGCAAGUCUUUCCUUCAAAGACUGCUGUCUUUUUUCUAG